CGCACACCUAUCGCCCUAUAUAAACCCUCCACCUAAAUUCUCUUCUCAAACCAAUCUCAAAAACCCAUCUCCAGAUUGUUAAUACUCUUCAAAACCCAGAAAAAGUUCGUUGAAAAUCCCAAAACCCCAGGAAAAUCAAUCCUUAAUUUACAAAAUUUUGAAACUUUAUAGCUUAAUUCUUUGAUUCAAACUUAGUUUUUUUUGUGUAAAAUAACAUAAUUUUCACUUUCUAAUUCGGAUUGCACAUUUGCACACAAGAUGUUUGCUACAUUGCGUCAACCAACAACACAAUCUUCACUAAUAAACUUAUCUCUCCAAAAACCAGCGUUUCCAAAAGCAGAGCAACAAUGGUUCGCUCCAUCUUUACCAUCUACAAAAAACCAUGAAUUCCCCACCAUUAUUUCUGUCUCAAAACCUUUGCAUGUCACUGCAAUUUCACAAAGAAAGCCUCUUUUAGAGGUUAAAUGCAAAGCAUAUGAGGCAAACCAUUCUCAGCCAUUAGACAUUAACAUUGAGUUACCUACUGUGCAAUCUGAGGCUGCUCAGAAGGUUAAAAUUGGUAUUUACUUUGCAACAUGGUGGGCUUUGAAUGUGGUGUUCAAUAUUUACAAUAAGAAAGUGUUGAAUGCUUUUCCUUACCCUUGGUUAACCUCAACUCUUUCUCUUGCUGCUGGAUCUUUCAUGAUGUUGGUUUCAUGGGCUACCCGGGUUGCUGACCCGCCCAAGACUGACUUGGACUUUUGGAAGAAUUUGCUCCCUGUUGCAGUGGCUCAUACAAUUGGGCAUGUAGCAGCAACAGUUAGCAUGUCUAAAGUUGCAGUUUCCUUCACCCAUAUCAUCAAAAGUGGUGAACCAGCUUUCACUGUAUUGGUCUCAAGGUUCUUGUUAGGAGAAACAUUUCCUUUGCCGGUUUACUUGUCACUUCUUCCCAUCAUUGGUGGCUGCGCGCUUUCUGCUGCCACUGAGCUCAAUUUCAACAUGACUGGGUUUAUGGGAGCUAUGAUCUCGAAUUUGGCAUUCGUUUUCCGGAACAUUUUCUCAAAGAAAGGGAUGAGUGGCAAGUCUGUUAGUGGCAAGUCUGUUAGUGGGAUGAACUACUACGCUUGUCUUUCGAUGUUGUCUCUUUUGCUCCUUACACCGUUUGCAAUUGCUGUUGAGGGACCUCAAGUAUGGGCUGUUGGUUGGCAGAAUGCACUAGCUCAGAUUGGACCAAAUUUCGUAUGGUGGGUAGCGGCUCAAAGCAUCUUCUACCAUUUGUACAACCAAGUGUCGUACAUGUCACUGGACCAAAUAUCUCCCCUGACUUUCAGUGUCGGGAACACGAUGAAGAGGAUAUCGGUUAUAGUCUCUUCCAUAAUCAUUUUCCACACUCCUAUUCAGCCCGUCAAUGCUCUAGGAGCUGCCAUUGCAAUUCUUGGUACUUUUAUCUAUUCACAGGCGAAACUGUAAGGCAACAAGAAGGAACCGGUGUGAUAAGACGAGGAAAAAUGUUUCUUGAUAAUAUUAUUAACCAAUGUCUUAACAUGAGGAGGAUAGAUAGUAUCCAGGUUGUUAACUCCAUAAGUUUUCAGAAAUGCUUUUUGUAUAUGUAGAGUUUGAAGCUGAGCAUCUUUGUACUGAACUUGUGGAAAUGCAAAUAAAUCAUAUGAUGCUUCAAUCAAUUUUGUGAAACUAUGAAUGAAGUAGUGCUUUAUAUGA